AAAUGUACUACAUACUUUAAGUGUUAUUCAAUACGUUGUUAUGUUGAUACGAUUAGCAACUGGUUGUGUGUAUUUUAAUUUCGGUGUUGUAUUUCCCCUCAGUGUCCAGGAAAGAUCCGGUGACAGGAGUAGUGUGUGUGAGGGCGUUAUGUCAUCCGUCAAUGGACAAGUCAAAACCACCUCACAGUUUGAGUGUAGGAUGAAUGUAGCGUUAAGAUAGUUACCCAUGUUCCUGGGUUAACCGUGUUAUUUUGGUUCUUUGCUCUCUAGGUUAACCAAUUCACGUUAUAAUCUACCGGUGUAUGCUGACGUUACUACUGUGUUUUCACUGAUAGCAACCAGUGGUGUAGUAUAGUUUGCUUUCCCAUGUAUGCUGAACAUCCCAGCUAGGUAAAAUACAUAAGAUAUGUGUAAAAGUUUAUUUGAACCUGUGGAGUCUAGCUAGGUAUACUGCAAUUUUUAAGUGGGGAUAAUAUGUGUACCUGCAAAUCAAUAGACUGUAUCACUGACAACAUCAACACAGAACAAAUCUAAAGAAAAAGAUUAUUAAUCCCUUUUUUUUUUUACAUCUUGCUACAGGUGGGGCUGAAGGAUUGAAUUCCUGUAGAGCUGGUCCAUCACAGCUGUACAUGUGUAGCUGGAUCAGUGUUGUGUAACUAUUGUGUGGCUCUACUUUUCCAGUCUGCACAUUAUUCACAGCUUGACAUUCCAGUUGUUCCACCAGUGCUGAGCUGUAUGGAGAGUGAACAACAGUGGCACAAGCCAAGAGCCAUGGGUAUUAAACCAGGUCCCAUCGAAAAGAUGGCUGUGAUGUCUGCCAAACCAAAGCAGAGGACCAUGGCCGAGGGAGUAAGGUCCACACUGUACAAAGCCACCAGUGGAGAGUUGCUGGACCUGUCUGUUCUCAAAGUGUCAGAGAUCUACAAAGAGUUCACCCCUGUUUCUGCACCAACAAUUUGUACAAUGGGUAUCACCUGUGAGGUGCCACUGGUGAACUGUGCACUGGGUUUGGCACAAGUAGGUAGUCCUCUUUCAUAUCAACAACCCAUGGCAAGAAGUUGCUCUGUUACUCACCCUGAUGCUCCACCACGUCCAGAUUUGCCAUUGGCUGGCUGCAGACUGGAAACAUCGUGCUUUAUGUCUGUUUUCUCUGAGCAUCAACAGCUGCACUUCAAGUCACUUGAGGUUACCUGGGAAAUGGCUAAGAACAUAGAGGGUGCAACUAGGGGCCAAAGUGCAUCUACAGACUGGCAUAGACUGAGAAAACCUAGACUCACCUCAUCACAUUUUGGGGAAAUAUGCCAUGCAAAACCUUGCACCUUAGAAAAGAUGGCUGACCGGUUGCUCAAAGGGGUCCGUCAGACAGCAGCAAUGAAGAGGGGUCUCGAAAUGGAAGAUGAUGCCAUCGAGGAGUAUUGCCAGCUCAAGAGGGUGAACCACUACCCUUGUGGUUUUGUUAUACACCCUGACACACCCUGGUUAGGCACAUCCCCAGAUGGGGUUGUCUUUGACCCAACAGAGUGUUCUGAAUUCGGCCUUGUGGAAAUAAAAUGUCCAAACAUUAAAAGCUAUGUGGAUUAUCCACCUCUGAAAAUGAAAGACGGCAACCUGGAAUUGAAGCCAGGUCAUGGCUACUACUGGCAGGUGCAGGGUCAGCUGCUCCUAACGAGGAUGGAGUGGUGCGAUUUUGUGAUGUUUGCGGAGGAAGACACCCUGAUUCAAAGAAUAUACAGGGACAGUGAUGUGAUACAAAAAAUAAGAGAGAGAGCAGACUUCUUUUUUUUCUACACAUACCUACAUAAAUAUCUGUUGUAUGAUCAGUAAACAAUGAAUUCUUAGAAAUGUCUUGUUCUGGUUGAUUUCUCAUUAUAAUGUAAGGCCUUCAAGUGGGUUGUUUUAAGUUUAUUUAUGGAGUUGUAAAAUGUUUAGGAUUGACCACUUCACUUAAAGUGUACACACCAAUGUAUUGCUAGAUUUUAAACCAAUAUUCAAUAUGUGUGAGGACC